AUGAAAGAUAAACAAAGAAAAGAAAAGAGACAAAAACAAAGAAACAAACAAAAAGAACAACAACAACAACAGCAACAACAACAACAAGAACAACUACAAAAAAGAUUACAAGAGAUUCAAAUACCAGUCUAUGUAACACAAAUCAUUGUCAAUCUACUCUUUACGGACUGUGUCAUUGAUAAUGAUACCUAUCAACUAUUGUCACUAGCAAGUGUAUGCAAGAAAUGGUUUGACAUUGUAAAGUCUGCACUUCAAUCGUCGACCACUCGAUUGAAACCAAGCUUUCCAAUGCCAGAUUCCGUUAGAUAUGAAAGAGACUUUGUUGUAAACAAAUACUACUAUCCAAUCAAGCAAAGACAACGUAGUGCAUAUGCCCUAUGCCAGUACCCAACAAGACUUAAUUUCACACCUGGUCCAUAUUGGUUUCCCAUGUCCAAUCAAAACUCUGAGCUACUAGUGUCUGUCUCAACCAAGAUACGAGAGCUAGAGAUUCAGAGUUUAGAGGAAAACACGAUCAACCGAGAAUUGUUGGCAUUGCCAAUGCCAGAGUUGGAGAGUCUACGCGUUAAACACACCACCGAAUUCAAGCAGCAACAUUCCGGUCCUAUACUCCGUUAUUGCUUGUUUUUUGAGAUGCUGUUAGACAUGGACAAACAAUCACCCAAGUUGGCCAAUCUGAAGAGUAUCGAGUUUAGAUCGGUCUUUCCAUUUGACGCUGAUGAAUGCACCCAACUAUUUCAACAAUGUCAAUUGAUUGAAUCUGUCGAUAUAUCAGAUGAUGUUGACCCUCCAAACGAUGGCUUUGAAAUGGUACUCUCUGCACUGUCAGUGUUGCCACGUCUCACCAAAUUAACUCUCAGUCGAUUCGGGUCAACGAUGACAAAUAUGAUCCCAAAUACAGUGACAUCUAUAUCGAUUCAUCAAAAUAGGACAUCUACACCAGAGUUUAGAGAGUAUGUCGAAAGGGCUAAACACCUCAGAUCACUAGACAGAAUAUUUUUGAGUCGCGAAUGGCUCAGAAUACUUGCACACACUCAACUCACCAAACUAUACUUUGGUAUUGACAGUCCCGAUGAUAUCGACAUUGGAUCACCUCUCAUUAUUCCAACACUCGAAACCCUAGUAAUAAACAUGCGAAGGAUCAACGAGUCGAGUGCCUAUCUCUAUGGAUUUGAAUUGGAUCAAUUGCCCAGACUAAGAAAAUUGUAUCUUUUACAAGGAGAUGGCUGGGACUAUGUGACCGAUUUAAUAUCCCGUUCAAAGAGUAUCAAGAAAUUAUCUACAAGUAUUGUUGGUUGCACUCAAACAAAAUGUAAUCUUCUUUUUGAUUCCAUCCAACAGAGUCGCACAUUUAAAAGAUUACGUCUAAACUAUGGUCAAGAAAAUAGUAGUAGUUUUACAUUAAUUAAAGCAUUUAAUCAAUACCAAAUCGAUCAUCCAGAUACCUAUUUAGUAGCUAGACAACUUGAUGAUUAUCUUUUAAUUACAAAUACAAAUAAUCAUUAUUAA